GCGCUGUGCAAGUUUCACACAACAACCCUGAGAGACUCCUCAAAGAAACGUGUGCUGGAAUUUGACUCGGGUGAUGCUCUCAACAGCGGGUUUCAUAUGGUUAUCGCUUGUUACAUGAAAGCUGCCGUUUUGCCCGUUCAGAGGUAAAAUGAGCAGCACGGAUAUCCAGGAUUCGGGAGAGGAGCCCUGCUUUCGCCUGGAGACCCUACCGGGCAAGAGCCCACACCUACCGGGCAAGAGCCCGCACCUACCGUUACCGGGCAAGGCGUCUCCGCAGGUGAACAGCCGCUGGGAUCAAGCGCCUCAAGUGACGGCCAACGGGCUCCAUGACAUUGAGGACCGGAUUUUACGAAUUACAGGCUAUUAUGGCUAUAACCCCGGGUACUCCAGCCACAAAAGAGAGGAGGGCUCAGAAUCACAUGCAGAGACUCCAGGCAGUGAAACCAGUGGAGAAGCCAGCGCAUAUCAGACCUGCGCCCACACCGUGCUCAAGGUGCUGGGGGGCUUACUGGUGGUCCUGUGCAUCUCCUCGUCCUGGGUCGGCACCACACAAGUGGUUCAGCUCACGUUCAAGUCCUUCUCCUGUCCCUUUUUCAUCACGUGGUUCAGCACCAACUGGAACAUUCUCUUCUUCCCGCUCUACUACUCUGGGCACGUGGCCACUACCAGAGAAAAACAGACGCCCAUUCAGAAAUUCAGGGAAUGUAGUCGGUUGUUUGGAGAGGAUGGAAUGUCUCUGAAGGUGUUGCUGAAGAGAACGGCGCCUUUCUCCAUCUUGUGGACGCUGACUAACUACCUGUACCUGUUAGCACUGAGAAAACUAACCGCCACUGACGUGUCAGCGCUCUACUGCUGCCACAAGGCCUUCGUCUUCCUCUUGUCGUGGAUUGUCCUCAAGGAUCGCUUCAUGGGUGUGCGGAUUGUGGCUGCCAUUAUGGCUAUCACAGGCAUCGUGAUGAUGGCGUAUGCUGAUGGUUUCCAUGGGGAUUCCUUUAUGGGUGUGGCCUUGGCAGUCGGCUCCGCCUCCACUUCUGCUCUCUACAAGGUGCUGUUUAAGAUGUUCCUCGGCAGUGCCAAUUUGGGAGAGGCUGCUCAUUUCUUCUCCACGAUGGGCUUUUUCAAUCUUAUCUUCAUCUCCUGUGUUCCCCUUAUCCUGUACUUCACCAAAGUGGAGCACUGGGGAUCCCUCUCGUCUUUGCCCUGGGGUUACCUCUGUGGCCUGGCCAGCCUUUGGCUAGUAUUUAACAUCCUGGUCAAUGUAGGAGUGGUACUCACAUAUCCUAUUCUCAUAUCCAUUGGGACGUUACUCAGUGUUCCAGGCAAUGCAGCCAUCGACGUGCUGAAGCAUGAGGUGAUCUUCAGCGUGGUGCGUCUGGCUGCCACCUGCAUCAUCUGCCUGGGCUUCCUCCUGCUGCUGCUCCCCGAGGAGUGGGACACCGUCACCCUGCGCUUCCUCACCACCCUGGCCGACAAGAAGACGGAGGAGCACGGCGAGGAGCUCACCGAAUCCAGCGUCCACACGCGCAGCCGGAGCAGAGCCAACGGGGCCGUGUCCAUCCCCAUGGCAUGACCUUUGACCUGUGAACGAGUAGCCAGCGAUCAGCAUUGACCCAACACGUGACAGCCUUAGAGAAAAAAGAGAGAACGAUUUGAUUGUGUUUAAAGGGUUAGCUCACCCAAAAAUGAAAAUUAGCCCAUGAUUUACUCAUCCUCAAGCCAUCCUAGGAGGAUAUGACUUUCUUCUUUCAGCCAAACACAAUCGGAGAUA